GCUGAUUUUCUGUAUUCAUUCUACCUUUCCUCUCCUAGGAACCCACAAGCCUUUGGCACAAUGAAGUGGGUAACCUUUAUUUCCCUUCUCUUCCUCUUCAGCUCUGCUUACUCCAGGGGUGUGUUUCGUCGAGAUGCACACAAAAGUGAGAUUGCUCAUCGGUUCAAUGAUUUGGGAGAAGAAAAUUUCAAAGGACUAGUGCUGAUUGCCUUUUCUCAGUAUCUCCAGAAGUGCCCUUUUGAAGACCAUAUUAAAUUAGUGAAGGAAGUAAAUGAGUUUGCAAAAACAUGUGUUGCUGAUGAGUCAGCUCCAAACUGUGACAAGUCACUUCCUGUUCUCUUCGGGGAUAAAUUGUGCACAAUUGCAUCUCUUCGCGAGAAGUAUGGUGAGCUGGCUGACUGCUGUGAAAAACAAGAGCCCGAGAGAGCUGAUUGCUUUGCCUCACACAGAGAUGACAAUCCAGGUUUCCCUCCAAUGGUGAGGCCUCAGACCGAUGAUUUGUGCUCUGCCUUCCAGGCAAAUGAGCAGGAGUUUAUAGGAAGGUACUUAUAUGAAGUUGCAAGAAGACAUCCUUACUUUUAUGCUCCAGAACUCCUUUACUAUACUCAUCUGUACAAAGAAGCUAUAAAAGAAUGCUGUUCAGCAGCUGACAAAGCUGCCUGUCUGAUACCAAAGAUGGAUGUUCUGAAGGAAAACAUGAUGACUUCAGCUGCCAAACAGAGAUUCAAGUGUGCUGGUAUUGAAAAAUUUGGAGAGAGAGCUUUCAAAGCAUGGUCCGUAGCUCUCCUAAGUCAGAAAUUCCCCAACGCUGACUUUGCAGAGAUUUCCAAGAUAGUGUCAGAUCUCACCAAGAUCAACAAAGAAUGCUGCCACGGUGACCUGCUUGAAUGUGCAGAUGACAGGGUGGAGCUCGGCAAUUACAUGUGUGCCAAUAAAGACUCAAUCUCCGGCAAACUGGCACAGUGCUGUGAUAAGCCAUUGUUGGAAAAAGGCCAUUGCAUUGCUGAGAUAGAGAGAGAUGCCAUGCCUGCUGACCUGUCCCCAAUAGAAGCUGACUUUGUUGAAGAUAAGGAAGUUUGCAAAAACUAUCAAGAGGCAAAAGAUGUCUUCCUGGGCACGUUCCUGUAUGAGUUGUCGAGAAGACACCCCGAAUACUCCGUGGUGAUGCUGCUCCGCCUGGCUAAGGGCUAUGAAGCCGUCCUGGAGAAGUGCUGCGCCACCGGUGACCCACCGGCGUGCUAUGCCAAAGUGUUUGAUGAACUUAAACCUCUUAUAGAUGAGCCUCAGAAUAUAGUCAAACGCAACUGUGAACUUUUUGAUCACCUUAAGGAAUAUGGCUUCCAAAAUGCGCUUUUAAUUCGUUACACCAAGAAAAUGCCCCAAGUGUCAACUUCAACUCUUGUAGAGGUCUCCAGAAAUCUAGGAAAAGUAGGAACCAAAUGCUGUGGACUUGCUGAAGGAGACAGACUGCCCUGUGCUGAAGACUAUCUGUCUGUGGUCCUGAACCGGUUGUGUGUGUUGCACGACAAGACUCCCGUCAGCGAGAGAGUUACCAAAUGCUGCUCUGAGUCGCUGGUGAACAGACGGCCAUGCUUUUCUGCUCUGGAAGCUGAUGAAACAUAUGUUCCCAAGGACUUCAAUGCUGACAUGUUUACCUUCCAUGCAGACGUCUGCACACUUCCUGAUUCUGAGAAACAAUUCAAGAAACAAACUGCACUCGUUGAACUCCUGAAACACAAACCCAAGGCAACUGAUGAAAAGCUGAAACCAAUUAUGGAAGAAUUCGCAGCUUUUGUGGAGAAGUGCUGUGCAGCUGAUGACAAAGAAGCUUGCUUUGCCGCAGAGGGUCCAAAACUCAUUGCUUCAAGUCAAGCAGCCUUAGCCUAACCAGCACAAUCACAAGCAUCUCAGUCUAUCCUGAGAACAUGAAAAAGAAAAUCUGAAGAUCCAGAACUUAUUCAAAAAAAGAACACAUUUUCCUUUUUUUUUUUUGCUGUGUUGCAAUUAAUAAAAAAAGGAAUCUAACCUAA